GGCUAAUGCAACACAGUUAUUAUUUUCAUAUAUUUUGGAGUACUCGUAUUUAUAGUAUACACAAAAUCGAAUGCACCGAAUCAUGAUGGUGCACAAUUUGUGCUACUUUGCGCGCAAAUAUUUACAAAUUGGAUACCCCGGAUGUGAUUACUAUUCGAUUUGGGAUUUUACAACACUGACAACGACGGCCAGCAGCCUUUGGCAACUCUUCACAGACGCCUUGGACGCACAUUUGCCGCUGGCCAUUUGGUAUAUGCUCGGAGUCAGCAUCUGGGGUUUGGUGCACACCUGUAAUCAGGUAUUUGGAAGCAGCGAUCUGUCGAAGAUCCGCUGGCCCAGGACCCAUUGGGUGGACUUGAGCGACAGAAUGCAGCAUCGACUGUGGCUGGCCAGUAACUGGCUAAUGAUUCCAGCGUGGACCUGUCUGCUGUAUGCCAUCGUUUGCCGGCAGCCGGACUUCAGUUAUCCCUGGCUGAUCAUUUAUGGAGCCAUUUUGCUGAUUGAUAUUCUCUUCCUGGCCCGUGCUCGCUGGGGCAUCCGCUUUGGAAUUCUAGCCAGUUAUGUGUGGCCGCUGUUCAAUGUUUUGUGCGUGAACAGCUUGAGGAUUGGCGCAGAGGCACUGGAACACUAGACUGGAUCAGGGCUCCAAUUUUAUAAUUAGUUUGCAAAGUAAUCUUCGUUUUUCAAUGGAACCUUUUGGAAGCUUUUGGAAACCGUUUCUAAGCAGAAAUAAAAUUGUGCAGCAUAAACGGAAACUGAAA